AUUGUUGCCACGGCAGAGAUGAAGAUCAGCUGUUGGAGGAAGUGAUGCAGGAAAAUGCCCAGAAUGUAGCCUCCACUCAAUGACUAGAAGGGGAAGCACAAAGAAACUGACUGCUUUUGCUCCGGGAUGAUCUUUUAUUAAGUCCACUAAAGAGUAAACACAAUUCGAAAUGGAUUCUCCAGCACAUUCCGGUAGCUAGUCCUUUGCCUACCCUGCCUUUGACGCGGAAGAGGAGACGACAUCGUUGUGGAAGUUUUUUCUCUCCUCUCGCUCAGCUUCAAGCUAGUCGGCUAAUCUGAGUUAACGCUACGAGUUUGACUCAGUUCGCCAAACGCUGCUGCGCUCAACUUCACCAUCAACUUCAUUUACACUGGCACCGCUGAAAUGAUGUCAUUCCAAUUCCACACAACACAGUUCCGUGAAACGCAUUGUGGAUGUCAAGGGCACAAUGACGGAGCAUAGUGGAGAUACAUUUUGACCUAUGGCCAAUGUCAUCCGACAGACUUUUUGCCUGAGGGUAUGUUGAGACGUCUGUCCAGACCAGAGCAGAGGUGUCUAGGUGGUUCGGACGGGGACUGAAGGAGAGGUGGACAGAGAGACGGGGGACCAGGGCGGGCGACAUGGGCCAGUGUGUCACCAAGUGUAAGAAUCCAACGUCCUCACUCGGCAGUAAGAGUGGAGACAAGGAGAGCAGCUCAAAGUCCCAUCACAAGAAAGGCAGCAGCAGCAGUGCAGGCCACAAAGAAGAAAGCAGCGUCCCGUGUAGCAAAACCACCAGCGAGUUGUCGAAUGGCACCAAGGCCCUGGAGGUCACAGUAGAGACGCCCAUUAUUCCCACAGUGAUGGGGGAACCGCGCAAGGAUGAGUUCAUCGAGGGGGAGAAGUUGUCCGUUAAGCGAAUCGAGGAACUCUACUGCUGCUACAAGGACGAACAGGAGGACGCCAUCUUGGAGGAAGGCAUGGAGAAGUUCUGCAACGACCUGUGCGUGGACCCAGCAGAGUUCCGUGUGCUUGUUCUGGCCUGGAAGUUCCAAGCAGCCACCAUGUGCAAGUUUACAAGGAAAGAGUUUGUGGAGGGCUGUAAGGCCAUCCAGGCCGACAGCCUCAAAGGCAUCUGCUCACGUUUCCCCUGCAUGCUGCUGGAGGCCCAGGGUGAGGAGAACUUCAAGGACCUGUACCGCUUCACCUUCCAGUUUGGCCUGGACGCGGAAGAAGGACAGCGCUCUCUUCAGCGGGACAUCGCCAUCGCCCUGUGGCGCCUGGUUUUCACUCAGGACACGCCCGCAAUCCUGGAGCACUGGCUGGACUUCCUGUCAGAAAACCCCUCAGGUAUCCGGGGCAUUUCCAGAGACACGUGGAAUAUGUUCCUGAACUUCACCCAGGCCAUCGGGCCCGAUCUGAGCAACUACAGCGAGGACGAGGCGUGGCCCAGCCUCUUCGACACCUUCGUGGAGUGGGAGUUGGAGCGCAGAAAAAAAGAGGAAGAAAAGGCAUUGACAAUGGCGAAGGAGGCGGAGGAGGAGGAGAGGUGCACAGACACAGAGUGUUCUCCUACAACAGACAGACUUGAAAUGGAGGGAAGCCGCGGCUCACAGACAUGGGGGGGCCACUGACCAGGAAACACAAAUUAUUUGUAAGGGAGAGAAGAGAAUAAACCUAUAAGUGAACUGUACAUCUGUGAAUCAUGGGAUAAAUAUUAGUAUUACAUUUUACAGACUCACUUUGCUCUCCUCUUCUGCUGGGGUGGGAUUCCGGCUUUGAAUCAUUUAUUUGUCUGGUUUUUGAAAGGGCUCAAUGAACUGUCAUGUUUUAAGCACUUCUAUUUAACUUAUUGUUUUAUUUUCUCUUCUUUGUGUGUUUGUUUUUUAAGUAAAAUGGACACAAUGAAAUUUAACCCUAUAAUCAAGCUACCUUGAUUUUUUUUGCUUUUUAAAAAGCAGGCGACAAAAAGCCAUAACUCUUCCACACAAUUAUCAUCUUGAUUUGUCAUGCUGACCUGGACGCACUGUUCUGUACAUGAAAUAAAGAAAAAGGGAAAUUAGGUAUUAGUGAGUAUUGCUACCAAAAUAUGAAAUUGUCAAAGGUGGAGCGAUGUGGUCUGGUCAAAGGCUUUUUAACUGGUGUUGAUGUAAGAAUGACUUGGUUGAACUCUAAUGCCUUCAACAGCUGUUUGUCCUGGCAGACAGUUGAAGAUUACAAUUAAAAUAGUCAUAAGAAAGUUACAUCUGUAUCCUAAUACAUACAAAGUUAAUAUAUACAGUAUCCAUCUUUAAACCCUAAUGAAUUCCAAUAACUAUCUUUUGUUUUUGAGUGUGGAUAGUAACAGUGAGUGGCUCGGUUUCGAAGCAGCUGCCUUUGUUUCUGUUUGACCUCUAGCAUUUUUUUUCAUUUUGACGUCCUCUGAUUUUCAAACAGCUGUUAACUGUCCACCACACAGAUGCUGGCUUAGAUCAUAGAAGUUGUUUGAGGAUGUAUGUACAAAUGGGCAAAAAGCUUGGUCAGGUCAUUUCUGGACAGAAGCUGCGUGAAACCCUGCGUUACAUUCAGGACCAUUACACUAGGCACAGAAAAAAAGCUUGUAUUGUUUACUGUUGGAGUUCAAGCCUGUUCACAUCCUUGAACUCUUGUUUUGAAAAACAUAAGUGUGCACACUUGACAAGUAAUGUUGACUACUGCUGAUGAUGGUUAUCAUGGAUUGCACAAAAAAACCAAUGGCAUGCUAAGUCGCUAUACUUGCAACAUUUUGCAGAGAGAUUGAUGUCAACUGCAUCAUUUCCAUUUAGGAAAUUUCCACACUGUAGAUUGAGCUUUAGUUUAGCCUGGAGUGUUUUGGAAUGAGUGAAUGUGUACUAACUUGACAUGCUAAUUAAAAGUCUGCAAUAUGGGUCCAGUGUGGUAAAGGAGGGUUACCAUAACCCCAUCUGUUUGGUUUACAACUACAAUGGUUUUAUUUCAGAUUCCCGUAUCCUUUUUUAUAUAAAAUGUAUUGAUUUAUAAUAAUAAAACAGUGUUGAACUUUU